GUUUAAUACACACCUGUUGUACUGUACAUUUCCUUCGGUUUCAGUUAACCGUUUUGAACUUCACAUGUAAAUCUACGGGGAGCGAUAAAUAUAAAAUAAAGGAGUUAUAAAAAACAUUGGGUGCGAAAAGAAAAAGUUUCAAUAACCUGAUGACCAAAGAAGUUUGGCACAAUGGAUAUUGAGGAAGAAAACAUGACAGCGCAGGAAAUGAUGGAGAAAAUAGCACAGCUUGAUCACAGUAGAAGUAUCCUCAAGGAUCAGAACACGGAGAUGAGGAGCUGGUUGGACGCUGCGGAUGAAGACAUGUCCAUUCUUCGAGCUGAGAACAGUUUUCUCAAAAAACAAGUCAAAGACCUGGAGAAAAUCGUCAGCGAUGCACAGAGUAUUGAAUCAGAACCCACUAAAUGUCAACCUGAUAACCUUGAUUUGAAAAUUGAAAAUGAGAUAAAAAUUCAGAAUUUGGAAAGGGAAUCUGUCUCUCUGAAAGAAGAAAACAAAAAGCUCAGAACUGAGAUAAAGAACUUGCAGCAGCUACAAGAGCAAGAUGAUGUGAGCCUGAAUAAGUUGAAAGUUUUUCUUCAAGCACUUGAGUCUGAAAACGAGGUGGCUCAAUUAGGACUACAGCAAAGAGAUGAGGUUAUUCAACAGAAACAUCAGGAGUUAAAACAUGCUGAGGAAAUGGUGGAAGAAUAUUCAACCAUUAUAAAGGAUCUCAGGCUGAAAAACCAGCAGUUAAAAGAUGAACUUGAGGCUGGACAGGAUGAAGUGUUACUUGCUCUCGCCAUUGACCUUUUGGAUGCAAAGGACAAAAGUAGUAGUCCUGCUCUGUCAUUUGCCGAGGAGAUGAGGCUGCUGGAUUCCUCCGUUCAUACCAACAUCAGCACAUCAGAUGUCACACAGGCAAAUGGUGAAGUAAUGUCUGAAAAAGUCCAAAAGGAAACUGGUUUAAUGACAUACAGUUACAAUGAGAGCGUGAAUGAGAAGAAUUUGAGCAAUACAAGCACUCUUACGCUAUGUAAAGAGGAACUGAAGCCACAGGACAUUCCUAAUGCAGAUUCUUCAAAACAUUCCAAGUGUGUUGGCAUCCUGAUGACUGUCACUCAGAAAGUUCUCCUGUUCCUGGGGACAAUGUUCCUGUUCUUCGCUUUGGCCUCUGUUACUCCAGGAAGUUUUACUGUCAACUCUAGGGCCUUCUCUUUGAACACAAUGUGGAGCAGUACCCGUUUUUUGUUAGAGCCCUAUUGCACCGUGCAUUAUGGAGGCAUGCCACCAAUAUGACCUAAUCUCAGCAAA